AUGGAUGCGAGGAGUACUGACGCUGAACAUAAAGUAGACGAAAUCUUGCUUCCGGGGUUUCGAUUCCAUCCAACUGACGAGGAGCUUGUUGGGUUUUAUCUGAAGAGAAAGAUUCAGCAGCGGCAUCUCCCCAUCGAGCUUAUCAAGCAGCUCGAUAUCUAUAAAUAUGAUCCUUGGGAUCUUCCAAAGUUGGGGACUGGUGGGGAAAAAGAGUGGUAUUUCUUCUGCCCUAGGGACAGGAAAUACAGAAACAGUGCGCGGCCUAACCGUGUAACCGGAGCUGGGUUUUGGAAAGCCACGGGAACUGACCGGCCGAUCUACUCUUCCCAAGGUUCCAAGUGCAUUGGCUUGAAGAAAUCGCUUGUUUUCUACAGAGGUAGAGCCGCCAAAGGAGUCAAAACUGACUGGAUGAUGCAUGAGUUCCGGUUACCUUCACUCAACGAUUCAUUACCAUCAAAGAGAUUCGUGGACAAAAGCAUUCCUGCCAAUGAUUCGUGGGCAAUAUGCAGGAUAUUCAAGAAAACUAAUUCCACAACCCAGAGAACUUUCUCACACUACUCUUGGGUCUCUCCAGCACUACCGGAAACUAAUUACGGUCAAUUAUUCAGUUCCGAGAACAUGUCAUUAUUAAGUACAUCAAAAACCAGUACUUGUUCGGCCGUUGAUCAGUUCCCUAUCAACAAUGAUAUGGCUGCAUUUUCUCCCCUUGAUUUUCCAUCCUACCAGUCAUUGAACCAGAAUAUAGUCGAUAAACCUCCUCAACUGCCCGUACUCUCAACUGGAGAACACCACCCUAGCUUCCUUUUUUCUCCUCUAGAAACUUCAGUACCGGCAAAAUGCAGCUUGGACAUGCUGUUAAACAUGCCGCCUUCAAUGUUUGGUGAUUUUGGGAACAAGCUGGCCGGCAUUGAGAGCAUAGUCGACGACUAUGGUACCGGCCCACAAGAACAUUGCAAUGGCUUCUCUAUCAAUUUACUUCAAGACAUGCAAGGUGGGAAGGUUGAUGGAUCAGGAGGUGAUGAGCAUGACAAUGUUUCAAUGAAGUUUAAUCCUAAUACCGAUGACCAGUGGGAGACAGUCAAGUCCAUCGGAUUUCCAUUCAGUUUGCCUUUGAAUAGUAGUAGCACUAUUAAUGCUUGGAAGCCGAACUUGGUCAUGUGGGAUUCUUCACCAUGUCCUAGUGAAAUGUCCACACGUUUUUCUACAACCAAGAGCUAUACCUAA